CUUAGUUUCGGGCAAGAAACGACAGGCAGUGGGAUCCUCCCAAUCUUCGGAAGUGUGUGCAAUUGAGGAAAGGGAAUCAAAGAGUUUCUGAAAUUACAUAAUUCGAGAGUGCGUUUUCUCGUUAGUUUCUUCCUUGCCCCCUUUCCUACGUGAUAAGGCCCACGUUAAAGGGACUCACUGCCAACAUCAAGCGUGGACGGUUGUUUCGAAAGCGCACACCCCUGACCAUGGCGGACCGAUACGGUAAUAAUUUAUAAAAACAAUAUAUAACAUCGUUCCGAGAUGUCAGAAAGUAAUAACCGAUAGAAUCGAGACGAACGUCUGUUGGAAAAGUCGUGGCAUAGGGAUUUUUCACUUACAUGCCGGAGCUUGCGUGGCAGUUUCGUGGAAAACGGGACGGACAGUUUUGGCGCGUGUGCUCUUUAAUAUCCAUAAUUACCUGAAACGUUCCAUGGAUCCAUCGUUUUUCUCCAAUUAUUAUCGUCUAAAUGAACGUGACACGAGAUGCCGGAAAAGUACAACGUUCUGUGCCUAUCGUCGAACAUCUAACCCUAAGAAAUACAAACAAACAACGGUGUCGAAUUCUGGAAAGUUGUCAUCGUAUCGAGUGAUUCGGUUAAGGAAUAAAACAGUGGGAUAGACGUAAGUUCGUUGAAAAAAAUCAAAAGUUGACACGGUCUAGGAACUUUUUUGGAUAUCUGCGAUAGCUGGCGGCGCGGUGGUUUACGGAGAAAAGCGAAGUGACGGUUUUGGCGCGCGUACUCGACUCCUGUGUGCGACCGGCAGAUGGCCGGCGCGCGUCCACGAACACACCAAACAUGACAAGCGCCUAAGCACGUACUACCACUGUGACAGGGACGCGUUCAAGAACAUAUCGAAGCAUUGGUAGAAGGCCACUACUACAUUUAACAUAGAACGCUCUGAGAGCCCAUCGACACGAGGUUCGGUAUUACUACCACUGGUACAAGCGGUUCUAUCUGCCUCGUAGCCCGAGCCAGUUGCCAGCGCGCCAGCCAGCCCGUCCAUCCGAUCACCCAGCUCACGCACGAGCCGGCCUCGUGUGCGCGCGCGACACCCCGAUAGAAAAGGUUCGUUUUUCUCGCCGGUGGCUCGACGGAUUAUGCCGAGGCGGGGCUUGUCGUGAACUCUAGAUCCCGUACAUUCCUAAGAAGCUGAAAACUCGACGAAUACACGAACAGCUUGGUCCCUGUACUCGAUUAUUUCGGGCCCUCGGUCUGCUUGGCUGUCGUUCCUAUUGCCGAGAUCGGCCCCGCAGAAAAUGGACACCGCACCAGUGCGGUAGAGAGACAGAGCGAAACAGAGAGAUAUAUAGAAAAAGAGAAAGAGAAAGAGAGAGAGAGAGAGAGAAAGAGAAAUAAAGGCCACGCAACUACUACGACUACGAGGAGGACGACGACAACGGGUAUAAGUUUGAGAAAGAAGGACAGAGGGAGAGAAAACGAGCGAGGGCGAGGGAUUAUAAUCGUAUGUACGAAGUGUGUGUACGAUAUACAGUAGCGAAAAGCAAGAGAAACAUUUCGUGCACGAUUAGCCUCGGGAGACCGGGUUAAAACUCAGACAUCCCGAGCCGCACGUUUUUAUCCUGUCCUGUCAUCGACAGGCUUCAGUGAAAAUUUCAUCUAGAAUUAUCGACACAGCGUGACAACAACGAUCAUAACCACGACGGCCAAGUAUUUGCCAUCGAGGAGGCACGGAUAUGCCUCGCUCCUCGUUGCUGUGACACGCGCCGCGCCGUGUGCUGGCUGAACCUCCCGGAAGAGAGCGUGGGCCUUCGUCUCAAAAUACUGUGUGUGGUUUUCUACCGCACACUCGAGAGCCAAGUAAGUGAAUAAACACGCGCAAUUCGUUUCAAUAUUCAUUUGUUUCGUGUAAUCGUGUCCCCUGGAAUUAACAUUCUUUCAAAACGCUCCUCGUUUUCCAAGCCAGCCUGUCCGAAAAAAAAAAAAAACGUGUGCACGCCAACACUGUUUCCUUUCUCGUAAUCCUAGGGGAAAAAGAUGUGCUUACUGAAGCAUAUAAACAGAGAAAAAAGAUGGAAAAAUGGUCCGUUAUUUCGAGCGCAACCGAUUUGGUGCGUUGAAAGUGGCUGGCAUCUCACACGAUCAAUCGCGAAAGCGUGCACUGAUUCUAGGUUUCCUCAUGACCGUGCCGGUAGCACGCCUAACUAGGGAUACUCUAGUCCCGGCUUGGCUCUUUAAACGGCUCUACGUAUUGCGUGCGAAUCGUAACGUUUCUUUGUGUGCGUAUCUGUGCGGCAACCGAUGUUAUGUGUGUGUGCGCGCGUUCGCAUAAUCUCGCUCCCUCGUUGUCCGCUCGCUCGCUCGCUCGUUUGCUCUCGUAUGCAUGGCCGCUUCGGUGCGUAGCGUGCGGAUUGCGCGAGUACGCAUUGUCGCGUUCAAUACGAUCGUAAUUCGUCUGUUAUUUAAUCGUGAACUGGUGUUCGACACGCGGUAUUCAGCAAAAGGAAGAACGAAUAAAAAACCACCCCAUACACCUUCGAUCGACGUUAACAGCUGAUCGCGGCCACUUCUAUAUUCUUAUAAACAAUAAAGAUGCCUCGAGUAAGGAGACAGGUGGUCUUGGAAGAUCCAGCCAGGCCUGUUACACCAGACAUGGUGGAAACCAAAUUGAUGAAAACAGAAUUCUUGGAUGAUGGCUCUUUGGAUGAAGUACAAGCACAAAAGGUAGCUGAAGAAACGCCAAGUCCUCAUCUUCAAGACCAUCAGUAUGGACAAACACCUUGUUAUCAAGUAACAAGGAAACCUACACAACCACCACCACGAACUGAACAAAUAUCGGUUCAGGCGGUGAAACGAAGACUGAAUUUGGAAAUGGGAGCAACAGGUCCCAGCCAAUCUGCCUUUAAGGCUCCUAGAGGUAAACGUAGGAGAUCUGGUUCGAAUUCUCUAACUGGCCACACACCUACAAAAAGUAAAACGGUAGAGAGAACGCGGUAUGAUACAUCAUUGAGCUUACUUACGAAAAAGUUCAUACAUUUAGUUGAAAGCAGUCAAGACGGUGUUGUAGAUUUAAAUGUAGCGUCUGAGAAGUUAGAAGUACAGAAACGUCGUAUAUACGAUAUUACAAAUGUGUUGGAGGGUAUAGGUAUUUUGGAGAAGAAAAGUAAAAACAAUAUACAAUGGAAGGGCGGUCAGUUACCGAACGAUAGGAACGAUAUAGCUGAUCUCAGAAGAGAGGUGGCUGAUUUAGAAGCUAAAGAAAAUACUUUGGAUCGGUUAAUUCAUGGUGCAGAUAAAAACCUUAGGGAAUUGUGCGCCGAUAGACAAUACGCUUAUGUAACGUAUCACGAUUUACGUUCUGUCCCAAUGUACAAAGACCAGGCUAUAAUGGCAGUAAAAGCUCCGCCAGAAGCCACUUUACAUGUUCCGCAACCUAUCAAUAAUCUUGGCCAACAAAAGCUUCAAAUGCACAUGAGGUCGUCUCAUGGAGAAAUAGAGGUAUUCCUCUGUCCUGAUGACCCUACAGUUAAAACGUCUCCCAAUCCGGGAUAUACGACGACGCAACCUGUGCCUUCGUCAAAAGAAUCCGAAAUACCCGGUCUCCCUCCUGAACUGCUGGUCAACGGAGGAAGCGGGGUUCGGGUCGAACCAGUACCUUCUGUUGAGAGUACGUUGAAUACUCGUUCGUGUACUCCGGUUGUAUCUACGGUUACCAGUUUAGCAGGAAUGAGGGACGCAUUGUUAUGCGAAUCUGAUGACUAUGGACCAAUGGGUGGUGGCAAAUUCCAACUUCAAACGGAGGAUCAAAUCAACACUCCAGAUCUAAGUUUUUUCGAAUUUGGAGAACACCUGCUGUCCCUGGAACCGCCUCUUUCCGAAAACGACUAUUCGUUCUCGUUAGGCACGGAGGAAGGGCUGUCGGAUCUUUUUGAUUUCAAAUUUUAAAGAUGUCGUCCUGAUUGUCGUAAUCGUGAUAGCACUUUUGUCUUUUUGGACUACCACUCUGAGUUCGCCUCCCAAACAUUCGAACGGAUAGCGAUCAUUUUGUUAAUCCAAUGAUGACCGAUUUCACGUCAUAAUUAUUCCCGAUUGGCGAUCUUUAUCAUUAUUAUUUCCUCCUCAAACGUGAUCUUACGUUCGAAUGAUUGAUACGCUGGUUUAGUCAUGCUUCUUAGUUUUACAAAAAAAGAAAAAAGAACAAAAAAAAAAGAAAGAAAAUACGCGAUCGUGUACAUAAAUAGAAGGCGUUUAUCACUCGCGAUACCGUAUAGUAUUUUGCCGACAAUUUUUUUAAAAAAAUUAUUUUUUAAUCGCGAUUCGUUCAGCAACACACACACACACACACGUAUACAGUAUCACGUCGGUGAUUUUCGAAAUUCCGCCUCAUUGAAAGGAUCUCAAAGGGAAGUACUGCGAAGCGAAGAGAAGGGACAAACAUAUCACGCCUCGGGUUACUAGUACAUCGGCAAGCGAUUAAGGAUGAAUGUUAAAGCGAUAAAUCAUUGUCUUCUCAACGAAGACGCAUCAAGAUUUAUCGCUUGCGAUUCAAAUCAUUUCAAGCCAAAAAUGACGCUUGCUAUGCGAACCAAUUUAUAGAAACGCAUUUGUUAGAAAUAUUUUUGUCAAUGUUUAUCGUUCAUCGUCUGCUAAUGUACUAUGGUAGCCUGGUGUUAACACGUUGACCGUGAUGCGAUUGAAAUUCAAUUUAGAUGAAAUAUCAUUCUACUAAAAAAUGUACACUAGUCAUUUUAAAGCAACCAAUUAGAUUGAAAUUAUUAUUGAUCCUUGAUCUAUCUCUACUGGCGGUCAACUUGUUAAUACGCGGUGGUCGAGUAUUUCCGGCUUGAUACGGUUCACGCCGAUAUUGAGUUUCGUGGAAUAUAUUAAAUUAUGUUGGCGAAACGACGCCAAUUUAUUUCUGUGCAAUCUGUAAUAAUACUGUAUAUCGAGGUAAGAGUAAAAGCGCGGGGAAGAGAGACGGAGAUGUAUUCGAGAAUUUCAAAGAGAGGAGAGACUGCAGAUUCGUGACGAACAAUUUAUAACGAUUUUCGUUUUCCCCCCUCUGCGAUCAUUGAAUUGUAUAAAGUGAAUAGCGCGUGAAUAUUAAUUCAUCAAAAAUGAAAUUCCCUCCUAGCGUAUAACUAUUUCUAUCGAGGAAAAUUUCUGGACGGUUGUUUUCUCUAGUCGCUAGGACUGAGUCGUUUUUUUAUCUCUAUCUGUUUUAUUUUUUUUUUUUCUUUUGAAAUCGCGUGCUUGACACCUUACCCAUCGCUAGCAGAUAAAAUAGAUAAGCACUGUUGCUUUUUAACAAGGUCUCGAUUCUUUCAAUGGCACGUUAUAGAUUCUAUUUUUCAAUCAGUCUAAUGUUAUUUACACUCGGAGCGUUAAUUGUGGUGCACGUGAUUUUUAUUGCUUCGAAUCCAGAAGUGUUUAUUAUCAAAUUUGGUGAUAAGCUUCCGGUUGGUAAGGUGUCGAGACGAGAGAGCAGCGUUCAGGAAUAAUCGCGUUCGGGUAAAUUUAUCGGUACGAUAGUGUAGCUUGUCGAUUGCGAAUCGUUUGUAAAAAAAAAAAAAAUGUAUGUCAGGGAGACAUAGUUUUUAUUCUAUAUACUUUUGUAAUUGCUCGGUGCGGAUUUUUGUAUAUUUCGAUCCAUGGGGAAAAAAAAAGAAAUUCAUUGAUUCUAUACAGACACGUAUACACGCACGGUCAUCCAACGGUACCGUUGAUAAUAUAAAUCUAAUUAAAGAAUCGCGUUGGAUUAGCAUCGAAUAUGAUGCCACGAACACACGGAGACGAACUCGAGCGUACAAGAAAGAGAGAAACAAAUCUUAGACUGUAACCUUUCGCGCAUGUAACACACGUAUUUAAUUCGAUUCGUAACGACGGAGAAGGUCUAAGAUUCCUUUCAGGAAUAACAGUACUUGUUCAGAACCUGAUUUGUAAAAAAAAAUAAUGAAAAGAAAGGGGUUCUUCAAAGAGAACUUUGAAGCCAGUGCAACUUGAAUUUCAACCGUGCUUGGUACAGCACCGACGAAGAAAACGCUUUGAGUCUUAACGUACAUAUAUAAAUAUAAUAAUAUAACUCCUAUAUAAGACAAACUGAGGAUAUUUGUUCGAUGUUCCUGAAGAAGAUAAUUCAAGGAUGCACUGGAGAGAAUCGUCUCAGCUGGAAGUCUCUUAAGGAUGUACUCUAACGUACAACUUAGUGUACGUCCAAAGCCAUAGUGCCUACACAAUAAUGAUCACACCCUUCUGUAACUGUAAAUAGUUUACAUACUAUACAAAAAUAUAUAAAAAAAAAAAGCAAAGUAUAUAUAUAUAUAUACAUUUAUAUAGAGUGUGUGUAUAUAUAUAUAUAUAUGUGUGUGUGUAUAUAGAAGUGUAAGGAAGUGAGGACCCCCCUGAUGGAUACAAAAGAGAGAAACCAGAUGCUGCGAAAAUACACCUCAUUACGGUUAUCACAAACUAUCCGAUUAGUUAGUUUUAAUUAUUAUUAAUAAUUAAUUAUUAGACGGAGGAGAGAUGUUAGUUUAUAAAUUUUACUUAUUAUAUAUAUGUACGUGUAUAUAUGUAAUAAGUGCGUAUGUUUUUUUAUAGUCAAAAAUGAAUAUCGUGCAGAAUAAAAUGAAGAGACUUAAUGGAUUACUUAAAGAGAGAAGACUAGCAAGCGUUCUUAUUUUUCUUUUCUUUUCUUUCUUUUUUUUAAAUGAGAUGUAAAAGUGUAGGCAGACACGAUGAAUGAUAUUUGUAUAAAGAAGAAAUGUUUUUAUCGCUACGUGUAUUUAUUUCAAUUGAAUAGCGUGUACUUCGUGAGGGGAAAAAGGUGAUAGAAGGAGGAUAUAAAAAUGUGUUGCGAAUGGAUUAUUCUGCACGAUAUUCGACACGCAAUUCACCGAUUCGCAACAGAGAGGAUUGUGUAUUAGUUUUCGUUUCUAAUUUUUUUUUUUUUCAAAUUGUACAUUGGUGGCAUCGCGCUUUUUUUUCAUACGCAUCGUGCAACGAGAGGGGAAGCAAAGUGAGAGCGAAAUUACGGGUGAAUGGUACACAUGUGUGAAUGAUGAUCAAACGAAUGAUAUUAAUGAUUCGAAUGUUCGGUGAUCAGUGAUCUCGAUCCUGGCACAACCAGUGAGAAGUUAACAAUAUUUUCUACCUGAAUAAUAUUUGCGGGGAUCUAACGAAGUCUGAGCACGCGAGACUUCUCAUAAUUUUACUCUUACGAAAGAGUUGAUCGGAAGGUGACACGAAUAACAGUGAUUUCAAACGUUCUCAGACUUCAUCAGAUCUUUUUAUAAUAACUUAUCAUGAAGAUGGCAGUCCAUCGUUUCGUUUUUAACCCGAUAUUCGUAAAACUACUACCACCCGUUUCUGCCAGUCUGUCGAAUAAGGCGCCUCUUGUAUUAUACACAGGCUACAGAGUACGUUCAUUUCUAUUUUAUUUUUUUUUUUUUUUUUUGUUAAGUUUCAUUUAGCGAGACUUUUAUAGGCACAGCAUCGGAAAUAAAUUAUUUCAACGAGGAACAACGAUUUAAAUGAAAUUGCAUUUGAAAAAGAAAUUUAGUCUUGUUAGAAAACGGGAACGUACUUUCUUCUAGGAACGUAUUUGAGAGACUGUACAGAAGUAAUGGUAGAGAGGAAAAUUGAUUCUGCUCGAUUGUCUUAGGGAAAAGAAAAAUUGAACGAUGUAUGAACCGAUAUGACGAACGUGAAUUUUGUCAUAUUUUAACGGGCAUGACCCGCCGAAAGACAGUAAAAGAAAAAAAAAAAAGAAAGAGAGGAAGAGAGAGAGAAGACGAAGUUACAAAAUAUAACCUUGUGUAACGUCAUAGGGA